AAAAAAAAUGGAUCAUACCUGUUGCUGUUCUUAUUACCGGUAUCAUUUUUUUGUGGCAUACUGUAUUCAUAAUAAAACUGGUCUUGGAAGGAAAUGUAUAGAAAGAUUCUGUCCAUAUCCUAAUUUAGAUAUGGAACUGUAUGUUGAAGCACCACAAAGUGACAGAUCAGUUGUUGAUGGAAAUGCUACAGUGGAAGAUGAAAGGGUUCCCAGUCACAUGCUAUUUGUAUUUUUAAGUUAUAAAUUUUAAGGUUUAUGUAAGAAAUCAUUCCUAGGACAAAAUAUCUCUUAUACAUCAAACACACCAAAUAAACCACAAAUGUUUGUCACAUUUGCUUUCAAUUACUAGUGAACACUGAAUACUUUUUUGAAUGAUAUAAAUAAGACUUUGACAAAACUAAUUAUUAAUAUUUAUGCAAUACCAUAGUUGUAUCAUAGUUUGGAGACAUUUCUGUUGAAAAUGUGUCAGGGUUAAAUCAUAUACAUAUACAUGCACAGUGCGUUAACUGGAGUGCGGGUAUUAGUUACCCGCACUCCAGAGCAUGCCCAUUGAUUGGCUCAUUUUUGCUGGGGUUUACAUAUUGUGACGGCAGAGAAAGGGAAAGCGACAGAAAUGUCAUAUUCAGAUGUUCGUUCAUUGGUUCAUUUUUGCCGGGAUUUCAUAUUGUGACAACAGGGAACGGGCUUUUUUGUUUGACUAUGAUACAAAAGAGAAAGAACACCAAAACACUCGGCAAUCUGAUUAAUACUCGGGGGCUACGCCCCCUCGUACAAAUCAGAUAGCCUCGUGUUUCGGUGCUCUUUCUAUUACUUAUUUGCCUCAAUAUAGUGAAGGGUGCCAGGGGUAUAAUGUUUCUUUUUGCUCUUAUUGGAGUAAUGAACAUUUUGACUCAAUGAUGACUGAAAUUGUCAUUAUACAUCCCUCCCUUCACCAGGUGUCUUUUGAUUCUGUGACAAAGUGCACAACAUCCUGUUGCCAUUACUUAUUCUUAUAGUCAAACAAAUGUGUUUAAAGAAUACUAGGUUCCCUCAAAUUGUCAAUGCAAGCCAUAUUUUUCAACAUAAACAUUUGUGACGUCAUGACUUGAUGACGUCAUGGUGGAAAGGGUUAUGAAUAGUUUCAAUGUGAACCAUAAUUAUAUAGAAUUCUUGAAAACUAAUAAUUUGUACAAUUUUGUGGGUUCGAUUACAUUCCCAGCAUGUACCAGUGGCACCUUUUAUUGUACCCCCACUAUAGAGGGGGGGGGGCAUUUAGAUUUACCCUUGUCCGUCCGUCCGUUCUCUUUUUGUGUCCCACAUAGCUCAAAAAGUAAUUGACCUAGUGUCAUGAAACCUUACAGGAAUGUUUAUCAGCAUGUGAAGUUGUGCACCUGGGUAUUUUCAUGUGGAUAUAUUUAGUAUUUUUAGAGUAAUUGCCCUUGACUUAGUAAAAAUUUGCAAUUUUCAACUUGUGUCGCAAGUAACUCAAAAAAUAUUUGACCUAGAGUCAUGAAACCUCUCUGGAAUGUUGAUCAAUAUGUAUACUUGUGCACCUGGGUAUUUUUGUGUGGAUAUAUUUAGUAUUUUUAGAGUAAUUGCCCUUGAAUUAUUAAAAAUUUCCAAUUUUCAACUUGUGUCGCAUGUAACUAAAAAUAUUUGACCUAGAGUCAUGAAAACUUACAAGAAUGUUGCUCAGCAUGUGUAGUUGUGUACCUUUAUAUUUUGUGUGGAUAUUUUUAGUAUUUUUACAGUUAUUGCCCUUGACUUAGUAAAAAUUUGCAAUUUUCAACUUGUGUCACACGUAACUCAAAAAAUAUUUGACCUUGAGUCACGAAACCUUACAGGAAUAUUGAUCAGCAUAUGAAGUUGUGCAUCUGGGUAUUUUCGUGUGGAUGUUUCGAGUAUUUUUUAAAGUUAUUGCCCUUGACAUAAUAAGAAUUUACAAUAUUCAACUUGUGUUGCACGUCACUCAAUAAGUAUUUGACCUGUAGGCCUGAAAGUUUGUUGGUCAGCAUGUGUACUUAUGCACCUUGGGGUUUUCUUGUAGAUUUAUUCAGUAUCAGUAUUUGUAGUAUUUGCACAUUUCUUAAUAAAAGAUUUUUAGUUUUCAACUUGGGCACAUGUAGCCAAAAAAAUUUUGACCUAGAGACAAAAGAUUGACAAAUCGGUGGAGUGUGGGGGCAACCGUGUCCUAUGGACACAUUUCUAUUUUAAUUAUACCUUAGCAAUAAAGUAGCAGACUGUUUAUGAACCACUUAGGCCCAUAUAUUAUUAGUUUCAAGAUAGAAAAUAAAUCAGUUUGAAUAACUUUUUAGCGCGACUAUAUGAAGUAUAUAGAGAGUUGUCCUACUCGCCCCAGCGUCGGCGUCAAGAUUUCAUGUGGGAAAAAACAUGUUUACAUUUGCAAUUUUGCAGAUGUGAAUAUGAACAUAAUGAUAUCAGUUUAAGAUUAAGUCAUUAAAUCUACAUUUCAUUCAUGGUUAACAAUAUUUAUUGUUCCUUGUCAUUAAGAGCCUUAAUAAUUAGGUGAGCAAUAUCAUAUUAGGGCCAUUAUGGCCCAUUUGUUUGUGAUAACAUAAAUUACUCUAUUCUUUAUUUUCUAAUUUAGACAUGGAACCGUAUGUUGAAGUACCACAAAAUGGCAGAUCAGUUGUUGAUGGAAAUGCUACAGUGGAAGAUGAAACUAAAAUUAGAUCAUCAAGAAAGGCACCAAUUUGUGAAGAAGAGGAUACGUCUACACCUAGUCUAAGACAUUCACAACCAAUUGUUAUUCAUAAACACCAAUAUAUCUACCAAGGUCCUGUAGUAAAGACUAAGGGUAAAAAUGCUCAGAUAUCUAUUGGUAGUAACAAAGGGGAAAUGCAAAUAAAGCAUGCUUUUGAUGGUGAAGAUGAACCACUGUUAUCUGACCAAGAUUAUGAAGAUGAAAUCCAACAAAGAGUUCCUGUUGAGGUUCAUGAUACAAUACCUCAUCCUAAUGUAGAACAAGGGAAUAAUGAUAAUAAGAAUGAUAAAUAUAUAAAUUAUAAUGAUGUAAAUAGAGGAGAAGUUUUUGAUAGUGCCAAUGAUGAAAAUGAAAAAGAUGGUGGACAUGAAAAUAAUGAAACAAGUCUUAAAUCAGACAAAGUUAGAGGUAACUCUUCAGAUGAAAGAAAAAUUGAGACGGAUAAAUCUGCCACUAAACAGCUAUCAGGAACAGACAGGAAAGAAAAGUCAACUGAGAAAAUAUUAAAAAGAGGAAUGUCUGAAUCACAUGAAAGCUUGUUCAACAUCGAAGAUGUAAAAGCUAAAUUCAAUAAUAUGGAUGAAUACAAACUUAUGAUCGAAUACGCAUUGGAUGGUAGUUUGACGUAUCUACUGAAAAAUAUGGAACCGAUGUCAAUUCAUACACGUUUCACAGAAAGGCAUAUGUUUGACUUUAUACCAUUGCGAAAUAUUACUGAGGAAAAGAAUAAAACCGACAAAUCAAGAGAAAUUGUACGCCUAGUGAGACAAACUGGUGAAGGUAACUACAACAAAUUUAAAAAAUGCUUGAGAGAUACAAAACAAAAUGGUUGUCUGCGAAAGAUAUUGAAAGUACAGAAUGAAUAUUUAGCUAAAAUAAAUCAACAAUGUACUGAACGCAGCCGUCGUGAUAGUGCUCUUAGUCAAAGUGAUUCAGAUAUUUAUAGCACAAUAAAUAGUCAGACACUUGAUGAUGAUACAUUUAUAUCAGAUAUACCUGAACACACAGAGCAAUCAGGAACAAAUAUUCCUGAACACACAGAGCAAGCGGGCACAGGGGUAGUUCCUAUUUUACCAUCACAGGAAGCUAAGAGUCCCUGCAAAGCAGGACCUACUAUUGUUCCUGCUCCCAGUGAUUCAUUAGAAGAUAUACAGCAGAAUGAUCAAACUGAAAGUAAACCAAAAGCAAAUCUUUCAGAAGUAGAAGAUAAGAGCAAAAAGAAUUUAGAUGAACUAUCAACAAUAUUAAUGGUCGGUAGUGACUGGAACAGUGGUGAAAGAGAGCAAAGAUUUAAAACGUGUGUUGAAAUGUGUAAAGAAAUAAAUGAUAAAAUGCCAGAAUUAGCUUCUAAGAUAUUCCUACCACUUCAGCCUGUGAAAGUUCUUCCUAACACUGUUAUCUAUAGGAAUACACCACAAGGGUUUCAAGCAUAUCGGUCAAGUGGGGACGACAACUCCUGUUUAUAUCAAAGUGUAAGCUUAUUGUUGAGUGGGACAGAAAACUUACAGUUCAGUCUCAGAUUAAUGACUGCCAUACAUGCUGUUUCAUCAUUUAAAAUGUAUAAAAAACAAAUGUUAGGGCAUAAUAAUGAUGCUAAAUAUUGGAAGAUGUUCUUCAUGCAACAUAUGAAUGACCAACUGAUUACAGAAAUACAAACAUUUGAAAAUGCUGAAACUAUUAUUGAUGUAUGCUUAAAAGUGUUGAUAAUGGAAACAGCUCUUCUUGGAAAAGAUAGUAGUGUAUUACAUGUUGGUUUUCUGUGUGAGGCUUUAGGAAUAAAUAUACUGCAACACUUUCAACAUAAAACACAGUAUGGCGACAUAUCAGAGGAAGUUCCUUGGAUCAAACAUUUACUUGGUGAAAGCAUUGAUGUUACUCGGCCUGACCUGCACAUAUUUUGGGUAAACCAUGCUGGCAUUGUAAAUGGCAGAUUGGAUCAUAUAGUUCCUUUAUUGAAAAUACCAGAAGAUACCUCAUAAUGUGACUAUCUUUUGUUGAAAUCCAUCAUUGACUGGCUAAUCAAAGAGUUAGAAAUCAAAAAGGUAUAGUUGGCAGUAUAUGUUUGUAACAAACAGGGAAAAUUUAAAUUUGUAUCUAACCUUUGAAGUUAUUGUGUGUAUAUCAUUAUAAUAUAUUAUCAUAAUAAUUGGCAGGAAGUUACAUAGUAUUUGACAUUGUUGACAGUUGAAAUUAUGAGGUUUAGGCCGUUUUGAUUGUUUAGAGCCUCUUGUUGAAAUUGCUGAUAUUGCUGACUUCAAACCACUGAACCUUAUUGUAGGGGGAAAAAUGGCAUUUCUACUCAGGUACCCGCUUGUGCCUGAAAUAAUGCAUAGAGGGACAAAUGAAGUCCCCCUCCACCAAUAAAGCUUGAAAGUUGCCAUAUGUUGGUUACAUUAGAAUGAAAAUGAUAAAAAUAUAUUAAUUGUUGGAUGCUGAAGUUGUUGUAUGGUGGAAUGAUUGUGGAAGGAUGAAGUCUUAUUUAGAGUGCUGACAUUGCUGAUAUCAUAUACCAUUACCAUAAUUAUACCUGUCAUUAUAAAAUAUACAAUUUGCAUAAGGAAUAAUGUGCCAUAGUUUUUAUAAUUGUGCUAAGUAAAACACUCAUUUAGUUCACUGUGAUCUCAUAGCUGACAAAGGUUCUCGAAUAAUUUUUACAUAUGUUUAUGGAGGGAUGCAAUGAUAUUCUAUGCAUGUAGAUAGUGUCA